AUUUGCCCUCUGAAGGUCACCUGGCUGUUGCAUUUGAUGCAUAGUUUCCGCUGAGUGCUUCUCCGGGUUCUUGUAUGGACUUAUUUAACGACCACCAGUUUUCCGCAUGGUCCCUUUAACGAUAACAAAACAGUGCAAUUCGUCUGCCAGAGGUUACGUGAUAUAAUACUUAAAAUAGUCGUUCCGAAGUACACUCAACAAAAUCAUGAGUAAUAUAUACGUUACUGAGCCAGCAACUCAUGGUAAAGUAAUUCUAAAGACCACAGUUGGGGAAAUAGAAAUUGAGUUAUGGUCCAAAGAAACUCCAAAAGCAUGCAGGAAUUUCGUGCAGUUAUGUAUGGAAGGAUACUAUAAUGAUACAUCAUUUCAUCGGCUUGUUCGGGGUUUUAUCAUUCAGGGUGGGGAUCCGACAGGUACUGGAGAAGGUGGUGAAAGCAUUUAUGGAAAACCUUUCAAGACGGAAAUUCAUUCGAGACUGUCAUUCAACCGUCGUGGUCUUGUUGGGAUGGCAUGCCUUGAAGAAAACAUGAAUGGAAGUCAGUUUUUCUUCACUCUUGGGCCAGCUACAGAACUUACGGGUAAACAUACACUGUUUGGUCGGGUGGCUGGUGAAACAUUAUUCAACAUGCUGCGGCUCGGUGAAGGAGAUAUAGGUAAAAACGAACGACCAGUGAGGCUUCAUCGAAUUGUUAGCACUUGCGUUGUACUCAACCCAUAUGAUGAUAUUGAACCGAGACAUCGACCAAAGCAGAUUGUUAAGUCAAGCUCCGAAGAGGAGGUUAAGGUCACUGCAAAAGCCACCAAAAAUUUUUCUCUACUGUCUUUCGGUGAAGAAGCCGAAGAAGAGGAAGAAGUUGUAAAUACAGUUGUUGAGAAAUUUCGACAAAAGAGUAAAAGCGCUCAUGAUCUCCUUUCUGAUCCUCGUCUUAGUUCAGUCCCAGUGACAAUAAGCGAUGAAGAUGCUGAAGUAGUUAAUCGUGCAAAAUCAGAAUUAGAAAAAGAAAUUCAAGAACGACAACGAAGACGUGCUGCAGCACAACUUCAAGAAGAUGAAGCUAAAACCAAACGAAUUGAAAUGUUGCGACAAGAAGCUGAAGAAUUACGUCGUCAAAUUGCCUUAUCAAAGCACGCCGAAAAGAAUAAACAGUCGAAAGAGAAGGAGGAAUUAGAACGUAAGGCUCGUGAAGCGCAAGAGCAAAGAGAACAAGAAGAAGCUGCCUUGGCUCGCUGGGAGGCUAAACAAAAAGGUGAACUUGAUGGGGAUUCAAAGAUUCCGCAACCGUUGGUAGAUGAUUUAGACACUUUUUCAGCUGAUUUCGCCAGUUACAAAGCAAAAUCAAAGAAAGCUAUAAAGGGUUCUGAACGUGAAGCUGUAACUUUAUCACUGUUAGAACGAUUCGGCAAUCGUCUUCGUAGUGUUAUUAGCUCAGAAAACUCAAAUGAUGAAUCUUGCGAAUGUUCACCUAUGGAUGAUUGGAUGAAAAAUCGACUAGUUUCAGAAGUUCCGACGCCAGCUAGAAAAGUUCUUGAUCCUACUAUGCCACAUCCUGAUCGUUAUGAUUUAUAUGAUCCUAGAAAUCCGCUUAAUGUUCGUAAAAGAGGUGGAGAUGUGGAAAGUGCAACCGAAAAAAAAUCUCGACGUGUUUAAUGAGUUUUUGACAAUUUGUUCUUUUGUACAUACUCGAUUAUGAAUGUAUUUUGUAUUACAGAAUAUAGCAAAUUUCUCUUGAUAAAGCAGACAAGUUGUUUUCUAGUUCUCAGUUCGCUUUCUUAAAAAAAAAUUAAGUUUGUAAACAACUGAA